AUGAUUUUUCUCCAGGAGAAUAAACUCGGACAAGUUACUGGUCGAGGCCAACAACAGCAACAACCGUCCGAGCCACAGUACAAUUCCCAAAACGACCAAGGACACAGCAUGAAUCAGGGCUAUUACAAUAACAGCCAAGGCGGAUAUCAACCGCAACAGUCCGGGCCAGGCUACAACUCCUAUGGCCCUCAGGGAGGCUACUCUCCAGCCCCAGGAGGCUAUCCGCCCGCUCCAGGAGGUUAUCCACCCCAGCAAGGAGGUUACCCUCCAGCUCCAGGAGGUUACCCUCCACAACAAGGAGGAUACCCACCACAGCAAGGGGGAUAUCCACCUUCGGGAGGCUAUCCCCCACAGGGAGGACCACAACAAGGAGGAUACCCCGGAAUGCCGCAACCGGGUGGCUAUCCGCCUCAAAAUCAAGGUGCGGCACCGCCAAUUGGCUUUAAUCUUGGCUAUCCCCCUCAGGGACCAACUAACAACUUUCAAGACGCUGGUGCUUAUCCUCCACAAGGCGGUAUGGGCUAUCCGCCACAACCGGGAUAUAAUCAACCACCACAUGGCGGUUAUCCGCCCCAAGGACAAUUCGGUCAAGGAAUGGGCUACCAGCAAGGCCCGCCGCAACAUGGCGGUUAUGGCGGAUAUGGACAACCAGGUUGGUUGUACUACACUUUUUGUAUUGAGUUAUUUACUGAAUGGCCCUUUCAUUGCCUUGACCCCAUAGAUUUGAUCGAUAGUGCGGUCCUUUAUGCGGCUCUUGUUUGCACGCGGGGCUCAUCGCGCUCUUCCACAGGCCUUCGCAUCUCAUUGAUGGCUCGCGGACACGGCGCAAUCCCUCUUUACACUCUCUUGCUCUCCUGGAGCAGUGACUGA